GGGUUUCACAAACGCAAAAAACCUUGAGAAAGGAAGCACCAAAAAACAUUUGAUUGAUAGGUACGUGAUUCUUCCCACCAAACCCAAAACCCAAAACGCCAAAAAGAUCAAAACUUUCUCAUUGUAUUUCAUACAAAUGCUCUCCUUCACUUCUCUCUUCUCUCCAUCUCAAAUCCCCAUUUCUAUAAAACCCUAAUCCUUUUUCCUUCUGAGCCUCGAAUCCCUCGCCAUAUCCCUUCGUCCCGUACCCCUUUCCCUUUCUCUCUCUUUCUCUGCUUCAAUUUCUGCUAAUGGAGUCGCUUUUGGUUCUCAAUUGCACCCCUUGUUCCGGCGACUCUUUCCCUUUGAAACUCAACAUGUCUGCUGUUCUUCCUCUCCGCUCCCGCCCCUCUUCGUCUCUGCGGGUCGAUCCCUUGAUGGGUUUUGGUGCCUGUAAGGUUUCCUUUGUCGCUAACACUUUUCAGCGUAAUGGGUUUCUCUCGUCGUAUCGAAAGUGUUCGUUGAGUCGACGGGUUCUGGCGUUUGCCGCGUCGCAUGAGGAGUCGCACUCAGAAACUCAAGGGGAGAAAGACGAAAAAGAUUUUAAUUUUGAUGCGGAAAAGGCACAAGAGUUGUGGAAAAAUGCUUUAGAUUCCUUCAAAGAACAAGCUCUGAAGAUGAAAGCCAUUUCAAAGGAUGCGUAUGAUGAAUAUUCUGAGAAAGCAUUAGUUGCUCUGAAUGAAACUUCAAAGCUUUUGAAAAUUCAAGCUGAUAAGGCAAAAGAUGAUUUGGCUUUAAUAGUGCAAGAAUUCAGUGAAGAAGGCAAAGAAUAUAUUGCCACUGUCGCAGAGAAUUAUCCUGAAGAAGUCAAGGAGAUUGUGGAAACAUUUACUUCUCCAACUGAUGACUUAAGUGAUAUUUCAAAAGUUCAUGAAUUCUAUUAUGGGAUACCAUAUGGACUGGUCCUUUCUGUUGGUGGUUUUCUUUCCUUCAUGCUAACGGGAAGUCUUGCUGCAAUUAGAUUUGGAAUGAUACUUGGUGGUGCGUUGUUGGCCUUGAGUAUUUUAAGCUUGCAGGCAUACAAAAGAGGACAAUCACUUCCACUUGCCCUGAAGGGGCAGGCAGUGAUUGCAAGUAUUCUAUUUCUUAGAGAGUUGCGCAUGGUGUUUCAGAGACCAUCAUUUGUUAGUCUUGUGACAACUUUGAUCAGUGCAACUAUGGUCUCAUUAUAUGUCUAUAGGAUCGCGCUGGACGCUCGCAUCAAAAAGGGAAAAGAUUUUAGGACUGAAUGAAAACUAGUCAGGAGAAAUUCUGCCAAAUCUCCAUAUCAUCUUCACAAUCUGAAAACCAUAAUUAGCUUACUUGAAGAGAAUAGUUUCUGCUGGUUCAGUGAAAAAAGGAAAAAAAACAACCCUUGGAGAGAAAUGUUAUGAUGCCAAGGCUAAGAGUUACUUCUCCAAGUCCUAGGAAGUAGACUAUGAAGUUGAAGUUGGUGGGAAAAGGGGUAUGGAAAUUUGGAUCAUGAUUCAGUUUGAUGGUAGGGUAGCUGGCAACCUUUGUUCGACUUUUACUUAAUAUGUAGACAGCUAGCUGGUUUAAGAGCAUCAAAGAAAUGGAUUUAGUUCUUUUUUUUUUCUUCUCGUUUUUUGGGGUUCAUUUUUCUCUUUUAUUGAGUAGCGACAACCAUGUGAAGGAGCUAGACUGAGUGGAAGAGAUGUGGCCAAAUCGUUGGAAAAAAACUGGCAACUCCCAAGUCCCAAAUAAUUUGAAUGUGUUUCAGUUUUGUCGACACCAAUUGUACUAAAAAUAAUUGUAUAACUGUUGAGAGAAAUGAAUCAUCAUAUGAUUUGAUGUGGUUUCUAA